AUGGAUGUGAUCUGGCUUAAGCGGGACUUGCGCCUUACAGAUCACGGCCCACUGGCGGCUGUGGCCCAACGCAAAGACCGAGAUGUCUGUAUACUCUACUUGUACGAACCCGAUCAGCUGGCAGAACCAAGCGUUCACGGAUCCCACGUACUAUUUGCUAAUGAAGGGCUAGUAGACUUAGAUACGAAGUUGUCGAAUCUUCGAAGGUUGUCGUCUGGCCAAAACGCUGCGGCCAGCAAAAGCUUUGGUUCGUUGACAGUCUGCCACUGCGAGGUAAUCCAGGCUCUACAAGCUAUUCAUGCGCAAAAGAAAAUAGCGAGGCUACUGGCACAUAUGGAGACCGGACACAUGCGGUCCUAUGCUCGCGAUAAACGAGUUCGAAAAUGGUGUAGGGAUAGAAAAAUACCUUUCGUGGAGUUGCCUCAAACGGGUGUGUCACGAUGCCUUACGAAUCGCGACGACUUUCAUCGCAAUCUGCAAAUGUUUUUGAAGAAGAAACAGUAUCGCACACCAACAGCCCUCGAAUGCAACAUAGUCAUCGAUUUAGAAUUACCAGGAAGAAGCAUGGAGCCCUUGUUCGCCGAGUUGAUCGAGAUUCCUUUAGAGCAGAGAGUCGACCGUACAGAACGCCAGCAAGGAGGGGAAACAACAGCAUUGGAAAUCCUCCGGUCUUUUCUUUACCAUCGAGGAGUAGGAUUUUCAAAAGGAAUUUCGUCACCCAAUUCUUCGUGGACGUCAUGCAGUCGGCUUUCCCCGUACCUUACAUGGGGCCAAAUUUCCUUAAGACACGUAGUACAAGCACUCCAGGAACGUCAAGCUCAGCUGAAGACGCAGAAAUGUCGAUCUGAUGAUCGCUGGUUGCGCUCCUUUACUGCGUUCUCAUCUCGCGUGCACUGGCGAUCGCACUUUAUUCAAAAGCUCGAGUCGGAACCGGAAAUGGAACAACGCGACGUAAAUGCAGCCUUUCAACCACUCCGUCGACAACCCGGCGAUUGGAAUGAAUGCUACUAUCAGGCUUGGUCAACUGGAAACACAGGCUAUCCAAUGAUGGACGCAUGUAUGCGCUGUUUGCACCGACAUGGUUGGGUCAACUUUCGAAUGCGGGCCAUGCUGGUUUCAUUCGCAAGCUACAAUUUGUGGCUGGAUUGGCAUCGGUUCGCUCCCCACUUGGCUCGCGUUUUUCUAGACUAUGAACCGGGAAUUCAUUAUCCGCAAAUUCAAAUGCAGUCGGGUACAACAGGUAUUAACGCCUUGCGCUGUUAUUCUGUAACAAAACAAGGAAAAGAGCACGAUCCUCGAGGAAUUUUCGUUCGCAAGUACAUUCCUGAACUCCAGUCCGUACCAAAUGACUACAUUCACGAGCCUUGGAAGAUGUCUAAAUCUAUGCAGGCCAAGUGCGGCGUUCACAUUGGCGAACACUAUCCCGCACCUAUUGUGAAUGAACAGGAAACAGCGAAAAGCGCCAAAGAACGCAUCGCUGCCGUCCGUCGAAGAAACGAAACUCAGGAGGCCUCACGAAAGGUUUACGAAAAGCAUGGGAGCCGU